ACUGGGGACCCAGUGCCUGCGGCGGCUCCCCGCUCGGCUGAUCUGAAGAUGGCGGAGCGCGCCGGUGGUGGCACAUCCCUGAGGGGGCUGCGGGAACGGAUGGUUGCUGCUGCUAAUGCCAUUGCUGAAGAAAGACGGAGUCAGGGUAGCUUUAGCGCUCUUCCAUCACAGCCCUCAAAUAUAAAAUCAGCAUUUAAACCAGUAAUAGAUGGAUCUGUGCUUAAAAAUGAUGUAAAGCAAAGAUUAGCAAAGGAGCGCAGAGAGGAGAAAAAAAGACAAGAUGAUGCUAAUAAAGAGACACAACUACUUGAAAAAGAAAGAAAGUCUAAGAUCCUAUACGAAAAACAGAUGGAAGAAAAGCAGCGAAAGCUGAGGGAACAGAAAGAAAAGGAUGAACAACGGAGAAUAUCUGCAGAAAAAAAGAGAAACGAAAAGUUACAGGAAGAAAGGGAGAGAUUCAAAGCUGCCCUUCAUCGUACACUGGAACGGAGCAGCCGUAUUGAUUAUCAAAAAAGAUGGUCAUGGGAAGGCUCUACAACAGUGAACUAUCAGAAUAAAACUGCCAACAGACAUUCUGUAUCUACUGAAAAGCUUGAACAGGGGACUUCUGGAUUACAUAAACAAGUGUCAUCUGCAAGUCCUCAAAAUUCUAUUGCCAAGAAAACAACAGAAAAGAGGAGAAGCUCAUCUCUGAAUAGAAGAUGUAGCAAACUGCAUUCAUCUACAGAACAAGUGGAAGAAAAAACACCUGGCAUCCACAAUAUAUUCCAAUAUGUAAACAUGCCCCUGCUUAAGCACAGCAGUGAUGAGUUGAAGAGUACCAUAGUGCCUCACAAGUCAACAGUGGUAAUACCUCCCCAGGAGAAAGUAGACACACCCUCCAAGACAAGCGUGGAAACGGCCCCCAAGGCGAGUGUGGAAGUGCCCCUGGAGGUGAGCGUGGAAGCACCCCCCAAGGCAAGCUUGGAAGUAUCCCCCGAGGCAAGCUUGGAAGUAUCCCCUGAGGUGAGCGUGGAAGCACCUCCCGAGGCAAGCUUGGAAGUAUCCACCGAGGUGAGCCUGGAAGCACCUCCAGAGGCGAGCGCAGGAACACCCCCCACUAGCGUGGAAACAUCACCUGAGGCAAGCGAGGAUCUGUUCCUUGAGGCAAGUGUGGAUCCGUCCCCACAGGUGAGCAUGGACUCAUCCCCAGAGGUGAGCGUGGACUCGUCCCCAGAGGUGAGCACGGAAGCGUCAUCUGAGGCUAGUGUGGAAGCAUCUCCUGAGGCGACCGUGGAAGCAUCCCCAGAGGAGAGUACAGAAGUGCCCUCUGAGGCAAGUAUGGAGGCGCCCCCCGAGGCCUCCCCUGCGGUGACCAUGAGAAUGUCUUCCAAGGUGAAAAUGAAAGACUCUUCACAGAAAUCAGGAACGGACAAACAGGCCUCAAACCCGAUUACGAAGAAGCGCCUAUCACCAUCACAGAUACCGUGUUAUAGAUGGUCAUCUUCUCCUACAAGCAGGUGGUGUCCUCCAUCUCCCAUCAGUGCUAGCAGGCAAAUCCAAAAGAAUCGCCCCCCGUCACCUUCACCCGCCACGUCAAAACAGUCGACGCAGUUUUCUUUUUCCUGUGGAGUAAUUCCUAUGCAGCGUACCGUAUUUGCACAAAAUGCAUUAGGUACUAUUGGAAUGAGAAAUGAAGCCAUCUCUAACACCAUUAACAGCUCUGAGACUGCAAGCCAAAAGGAUAUGAUCUGUGAAGAGUCUGGUAAUAAAAGCACACCAGGGCCUAUGAAUGCCAAGGAGGCAACAAAAAUUUUGGCAGAGAAACGACGCCUUGCUCGUGAACAAAAGGAAAAAGAAGAAGAAAGACUACAAAAAGAGAUGGAACAAAGGAAAAUGAAAGACAUAGCAAAGAAAGCAGAUGAAGGCCAACAAGAGGAGUUCUCAGAAUUUGGAGAUGGGCAACCACCAAAGGAGAUAAAGAAGGAAGGAAGUCAAGAACAACAAGACCAAAGAGUGGAACUCCAGAAAAGUGAUGCGAAAAUAAAAGCUCAGGAGGAGGCUGACAAACGCAAGAAGGAACACGAGAGAAUUAUGUUACAGAAUUUGCAGGAGAGAUUAGAAAGAAAAAAGAGAAUUGAGGAAAUUAUGAAGCGGACAAGAAGGCCAGAUUCAAAUACCUCAAAGGCUACAGAAACAUUCAGCAGUGAUGCAUAUGAGGAGGACGAGGCAGACGAUGAGGACGAGUCAGAAAGUGACAGUGAUUCCUUUGAUGACAUGCAUCCAUCAGCUUUUAUAAAUGGCACAGAGUCAUCCACAAAACCAAAAACACAUUUUAAAAAUGUGAAGAACACUCGCAAGCUGGUGUUUUUAGAUGAGACUUGUAGCUACAUCCGUAAAGAGACAAAAACACUUUUAAAUUGUGACAUGAAAACCUUCAGACAAAAAAGAGUGAAAGACCCUUUGAAUCAGACAAAGAGUGCCAGAUCCUCCACCAAAAGAACAGCCAACCGAGCAGCCAAAACCGGAAAGGCAGAAACCAGCAACACCGUGGGACCUUCCAAGAGCUUACAUUCAGAGGCACAGGAUUGGGUCUGUGACAAGAUUAUUGACAUCACAAGCGAGAUAGAACCACCUAAGUCCAGUAUCCCUCCUGAUAGCCGAAAACACCAUCUGAAAGGUCCCAUGACAUCCUGCCUAAGUCACCAGCCACCUGUAGACAACAAGAAAACAAGCAAAUCUGUUUCUGCUCUAUUGGAUAUGUAAACCUCAUCCAGCCUGGAAGAGAAGCCAUUCUCCACUCUGGAUUUUGACCUCCAGGCACACCUCUCAAAAUUUCUCCACCUCCUACUUGAACCUGGCAAAGAAAAUGACUCUCAAAAAAAAAAAAAAAAACGGGAAACAUCAAAACGUCAUCUUAACA